UGUCUGUGGGUGGAUGCUGUCUCAUUCCCCUCAUGGCUGCUCAUUCUCUGCUGCGUCAUUAACAUCGUCCUCAUUAACUUACAUCACCACAGAGCUGGAAAUGAGUUGCGUCCUCAUCCUGUCUCACUGCCUGGGGAUGAGUGUUAGAAGCCCUUCAUUGUUCCCAGCCUCAUUAGUGUACUCUGUAUAAGAUGAGAAGAGGAGUUUAGACGUUCACUUUCGGACUGGAGAGUGAAGGAGCUCUCUACACUGACCUGCCUGCUGCUAUGAGGAGGGGAAGCUAUGAUGAAGUUACUAAUGAAAGACAACAGCACUUGCGUAGUCUGGCCCGGAGAAGAAGAUCAGCACCAUGUGCUGUGUUUGGGAAGACUCUGGGAAUGUCUUGGCCCUCCAUUAGGGAGGAGUGUGUGCCAGCAAUCGUGAUAGAUCAGUGUCCGUUUGUCCUCGGGCUGAGCAGUGAGGACUCGGAGCUCAUCCUGGAUGGCACGGUACAGCUUACCGAGGGACAGAAGACAAGUGAAAGACAUAUAUUCCUUUUCAGUGAUGUGUUGGUCAUCGCUAAGCUCAAAUCCAGAGGCAGCUACAGACUAAAACACAGAAUUAACCUGGAGCAACUUUGGGUCUGUGAAUUUAGAAGUGAGGAUGAUGAAGGAUGUGAGGAUGAAGACAGAUGCACCCAUGUGAAGAAGACAAUCAUUCUGGCUUGGUCUGUCUCUCUCUGUCUACUGACAUUCAGGUGAGUUGAUCAAAUUUGGGUUUCAAAAACAGAUCUGCGUCUUUUUAUGAGAGAUGUUCAAACUAAAACAGCAUCAUAAAUAUCCGUAGGUUUGUGGUUGUAUUUAGUAUUUUUUUCACAAGUCUUUGAACGUUAAAUGACUUUUCUAAAUGGGAAUGUUUUUUGCUGUUUCAAUGAAAAAAAAUUCCAUUUCUGUGAAGUUCAAUUUUAUUGUUUAUUUUUUUAAAAAGAAGACGUCAUUUUUGGGGACAAUUUCACAGAAACAUUACCUCAGAAAUCCACCUUCGCCUACGCACUUCAAAACUGACUCAUGUUUUAAUCAAAGUUUUUCAGGUGCACCAGAGCAGACUGCUAGGGAGACAAAAAUAGACCGACACACACACGCACACAUUCCAUCAUAAACCUCUUUAUACAGUAUUUACCAGUAAAUGUAUUUAAAACACCUUAUGAACAACAAACCAGUGUCAAAAAUAAAAUAUUUCACUUUAAUGAAAUAGUUUAAUUCAUCUUUAAAGUUUAAUUCAUCUAAAGUGACAUCACAUUUGUUGGAAUUUAUACACAAACUCAGAAAUUCAUGUAUACCCACUGCCUGCUUUUAUUGCACUUAUAUGUGCUUGUUAUGUAGACUCAUUUGACGUUAUAAUAAGCUAUAUGAUUAGAUUUUGGAGUGUAGCUGUGGGGAUUUGUGCUUGUUCAGUAACAAGAGCAUUAGUGACAUCAGGCCCUGAUGUUGGGUGAGUAGAUCUGAGGUGCAGUCGGUGUUCAGUUCAUCCCAAAAGUUUUCAGUGAGGUUGAAGUCAGGACUCUGUGCAGGACACUCAGAGUUUGCUCACUGUGUCCUUGGCAAACCAUGUCAUCAUAGAGCUUGAUUUGUUUGAUUGUUGUUGAACAGGUUUGGGCUUCUUAGUUCCAGUGAAGGGAAACUGUAAAGCUACAGCAACUGGAUUCAUCUUUAUAGGAACAAUUUGGAGAAGAACCACAUAGGUGUGACGGUCAGGUGUCAACAAAACUUUGGCUAUGCAGCUUAUUCAAUCUGUUUCUUUUCUUCACAUGUACUUUGGCUAAAUAUGUUUGGUCUCCCAACUAAUCAUAGAAAAGCAUCACAUAUUAUUAUAUCCAUAUUUUGAAUAUAGUAAUGAAGUCAAAUGCGGAUAUGUUGUGUCUGAAACAUGAAAUACUGCCAACUGACUGUGCGUGGGUUGUUGAAUGGAUAUUAAAAGCUGAAUAGGAAGUAAAAAAAACAACAAAAGGGAACUGAAGUUGUAAGAAGAGAGAAUAUGGUGGGAGAAGACUGAUCCAAAAGAAUUUAUUUGAGCCAAUCUGCAGUAUUUGUUACUUUAAAAAAGAAAAAUUAAAAAAGAAAAAAGAAAAAUUGCAUUAAACUACAGAAGUUUCUAUUCAAAUGUUAUAUUUUACCAUGUCACUUGGCUCUGUCUUUGUAAGAAAUACAUGGCCUGUUGGUUUGUCAGCUUGCUCAGUAUGGGAAAAUGUGUUUUGGAUCUUUAUCAUUUGGUUUAUUGAUUUUAGUGCCUUUUUUUAUUGACGUUUGAACAACUGCCUCUUUAGAGUGUGACAGCCGAGAAUGACAAAUAAAAAGGAAGUAAAUUAAGGGGAAGCUAAAUUUCCUCCAACACUACAAAACUGCUUUCUGUAACACAAAGCUACAUUCUGGACUGCUCACAUGAUCACAUGACGGUGUGAUCAACGUCACAGGGAAACUCAAAGAGGGAAUUCAGCCAUUUAUUGAAAAAAGAGGGCCUUUAAAUAGUUGCCAUUUACAUAAUACUGCAAAUGUACAUAGUGUUGACAUUUCCCAAGUAAUGUUCAAAUUAUUUUUGUGUCUAUUUAAUUCAGAGAAAAAGCAAUCUAGUUGCAUCAAUGAUCAAUUCUCAAUCAAAGACUUAUGGUUAACGAACCAUAUUCAUACUCAAUCAAACCUCUUAUGGAGGUUUGAGUCCCAGUUGUUCUCCUGGGUUUCCUCCUCCAGUCUGAAAACGUGUGGAACUGUCUUGUUUUUAUUUCCUAUGUGAGAACUCACUCUGUGUCAAAAAAAAAACAGUGUAGUUGUGGCUCAUGAGCUUUUUAUUCUUGAACUUUCCACAGGCACAGAGCAUUACAGCUAAAUUUAAAUAAUUUAUUGCCUGAUUUUGUUGUUGAAUUACUGAGUUAAGAUUAAACCCCUUAGAUUCAACUGAAGAGUCAAAUAAACUGCUUAUGAUACAAAUUGAAAAGUAAAUAUAACUGCUUUUAUAAUGGAUAUUGGAUAACAAUUACUGGUUGUGAUCUAAUAAAUCCCCCCAGCCAGGGAUAGCAUGAUAGUUGGACCAUGAUAGUUGUUAACACGUUUUGUUAAAAUCACAACCUGAUAAUAAAUUACCAUGCAUUAUUAUCUGAGUUAUCCUAGUUAUUAGCUUGCUUCUUUGAUCAUUUUAAUUCAACUGGUUUCAUUCAAACCUUUAACUUAAAAACCUCUCAAGUCAAAAUCAAGGCCAAACUUCUGUCAAGAAAACUGUAUUGUUAUGGAUAAUAAAUAGUCAGAAUAUUAUUUGACACAUUUGAAUAUUGACUCAAACAAGGUUUGAAUACGUUUUACGUUCUUAAAAUUGUUCUCUAUUAAGGGGGAAGAGAGAAAUAAUUCAACCAAGGAAUUUACUUUCAUUUAUGACUUAACACAUUUCAAAUCUAGCACAUGAUAUACAAUCAUCCCACAUGACCCGCUAUUGCAACUUUCAAAAAAACACAAACAUAAACACAGACAGUUUACACACAUUGCACACAUUGCACACAUUGCACACAUUGCACAUAAUCGGUCAGUGCACACACGUCCUGAAACCUGUCACGUGACUGCUGUGAAUAUAUCAACCAGGAUUCAGAGCUUACACUUAUGAUCAAUGUAGUUUAAGUUUAAUUAACAGAGUUAACAUAAUAUAAUAAAUAUAAAAUUCAAUUCAAUAAAUUAUUUAUUCCAUUGGAUGAAACCAGGCAUAGAGAUCUAGACAGAGAGCACCACUAUUAUGAUGAGUAGGAGUGUUUGUGUUGUGUUUGUAGACCACUGUGCUGUAAAACUGUGACGUGAUCACACAAUACGCUUUGUUUCACCUUCCAUACAACACAGCUAUCAAUUUGCACUCAUCCCACUGUCUCAAUUUGUGUAUGCACUUCCUAUCAUCCCAUAUCAAGCUUUAAACACCUAGUCAGGUGCUUGGCCAUCACAGAGAAACUUUCCACUUGUCGAACAGCGUCAGGGUGAAAAGAGGAGGUGUUACCAUGAUGCUGUUUCCUGUCCCCAUGAUCUGGUGCAGUUUCCUCUGGUUAAAAAGAGGCCGCGCGUGUGCAGCCGGUCCAUCACAUGUAUGAGCUCUGUGGAUCAGUAACUCAAACCAUGCUGUUAUUUUACAUGCAGUUCGCCUGAAGUUAAAGAACGCUGGUUAGAUACUGUUCACAG